CUGCACUUGCUUCACCCUCUAGAGAGGAGAACCUGGCUAGUAGGAAAGAAACUCCCUCAAAAGGUAAACAGUGAGUAGAAUGUACAUAUGGUGGAAAACAAAUGGCUCCUGGUACCAUGUCACGGGAAUUAUCUCACUCACUCAGAUAAAGGAGCAGGGCGAGCCCAGUGGCACCAGUGAGUCCCCUCCUCUAUUGCAUGGCCCAUUCGUGACGUGUGUCCCAGCCUCUCCAAGAAAACUCUACCCCUGCCCUCAGCACUCUCAGAGCUGGGCUGUUCCUCUGUGUGGUGCUCUGUGAACGCUGUGCCCCACCAUGGCCGUGACUGCCUGCCAGGGCCUGGGCUUCGUGGUCUCGUUGAUUGGGAUUGCGGGCAUCAUUGCCGCCACCUGCAUGGACCAAUGGAGUACCCAGGACUUGUACAACAACCCAGUGACAGCUGUAUUCAACUACCAAGGGCUGUGGCGCUCCUGUGUUCGAGAGAGUUCUGGCUUCACGGAGUGCCGGGGCUACUUCACCCUGCUGGGACUGCCAGCUAUGCUGCAGGCAGUGCGAGCCCUGAUGAUCGUGGGCAUUGUUCUGGGUGCCAUAGGCCUCCUGGUGUCCAUCUUUGCCCUGAAGUGCAUCCGCAUUGGCAGCAUGGAGGACUCUGCGAAAGCCAACAUGACACUGACCUCUGGGAUCAUGUUCAUCAUCGCAGGUCUUUGUGCAAUCGCUGGAGUGUCUGUGUUUGCCAACAUGCUGGUCACUAAUUUCUGGAUGUCUACAGCCAGCAUGUACACCAGCCUGGGUGGGAUGGUGCAGACUGUUCAGAACAGGUAUACUUUUGGUUCAGCUCUGUUCGUGGGCUGGGUCGCUGGAGGCCUCACGCUAAUUGGGGGUGUGAUGAUGUGCAUCGCCUGCCGGGGUCUGGCACCCGAGGAAACCAACUACAAAGCAGUAUCUUAUCAUGCCUCCGGCCACAAUGUCUCCUAUAAGCCUGGAGGCUUCAAGGCCAGCACUGCCUUUGGGCCCAACUCCAAAAACAAGAGGAUGUAUGAUGGGGGAGCUCACACGGAGGAUGAGGUACAAUCUCAUCCUUCCAAGUAUGACUACGUGUAGCACUCCAAGACAUGUCAGCACAGGCAGAAGACACCCCCAAUGAGAGGUCCCCCAUAAAACAAGGACAUUUUUCCUUGAUUCGCAAUUGCUUUGGACUCACAGUUGGAAGUUAGAAAAGCCUUGAUUUCACCUGUGGUGAGGCCAAAGGGUCUUGGCUGCAUGUAUCUGUCUCCUAAGUAUUCCAUCACAAAACAGCUGAGUUAUCAGAUGUGAAUUAGAGGCUAUAGCUCACAUUUUCCAAACCUCUAUUUCUUGUUUUUUAAAUAACCUUCUUAAUCUUGUUAGAAAUGGCAUAAAACUAAAUGUGAUUUAUUCCCAGAGGAAUUAAUGUUUAAACAAAAGGGUAUUAAUAAGAAGCCUACAUGUCAGAACAUGUACCAGGGAGUCACUCUGGCUGGGAGAGGAGGGAGAUUAAGAUAAGAAAGAUUGCGUCACUUCCCAAAAAAUGCAGAAAAAGUUUUAAACAAGCCAGUAAAAUUAAGACAAAUGUAAAAAAAAGCCUAGUAUAAAUAUAAUUUGCUUAGGCGACAUCCAGGAAAGAAUGUGAACCCUGUAGUACUCAGCCAAUGAGGAACCAGGGGAGGGACUUGCAGGCUAAGGAAUAAAUUGCUCGUGAUAACCGCCCCGAGUGCUCCUGCCGGCCAGACACCCAGUCUUUCAAGACCGUCAUUAAAGCCUCGCUCCGCUGUUCUCUUUGACUAAAUUUGGACCAGUGAGAGCGUUUCUCACAAUCUGAUGACAGAAUGUGUUUUAAAUUCCUAUAAGACAAUAGCCCAUUGAUUAUCUAUUUCCCAACUCAUCCCCUAGAACAAUUCUGAAGGGAAAAAAGGAGAGUCAAUCAAAAGGCAUCAUUUUCUGCUAUUUGAUUUUUGUCUCCCUCCCCACAAUCUGGCUACUAAUAAAUACUGAAUGAAGGAAAGGUGAUACGGGAAAGAUAUUUAUAAUGUCCCCCAGCUCAUUAUCUGAGUUUUUGUACACCGUGAUCUUGAUUGUUACCUGAACUGAAGCGAUUUGAGUUUGAGAAAACCAAGUCUUUUUGCUGCUUUUGGCAUCUGCUGAUUCCAGCAAGACUCUCCCCCAGGCUUCCUGGGCUCUUCACUGCAGGUCCUUUUUCUGCCACAGGCCAGAAAGUGUCCCUAGAAGGCUGAAAAAUGAAUUUUUUUUGUCAACCUGAAUAUAUUUGGUAUUCUAAAUGUAGUUAGAACAAAUAAUGUAUUAGUGAAAUGACACACUGUCUCUGUGAAAUAGCCUCACCUGUGCACGUGGAUAGAAGAAAAUGAAAAAAAUAAUUGCUUUGAUGUCUAUAUUUUACUUUGUAAAACCACACUCAAGUCGUAAUUUCACAAGUGCUCACUGAUCCUAAUUCUUUCCCUUUGAGGUCUCCAGGACUCUUGACUAUGCAUGAUAGUCAGUGCAACCCAUUUAAAAGCCAAAUAAUGGAACACAGCAAGUCCUAGGAAGGGAGUUGAAAGCAGUUCUUUAAAAAAAAAAGCAAUGAGCCUGAAUGUAAUGUUAUGCUUCCAAGUGACACUUGUCUGCACUUGUCCAGCUACAGGCCCCUGUCAGUUGACAGUAGCACUUAUUAGGCACUGUGGUCAGCUUUGUUACUCUGACAGCUGGUCCUUCCCUUCGUUAAAUUCACCUACAGUGGUUGGACUGUUGGAUGUUCAAGAACUGAAAGUGCUUUGCAGCCACACACCUUCCCUGGGUUUGCAUCGCGGCUGCAGAGAGCCUAACCUCCUUCCUCCAGGCCACCGGAAUUCCACCCCAGCACAAAGCCGGAUGCACCCGCCCUGGGGCAAUCUAACCACUGGGUCAUUAUUUGGGAAAACAAAAGUCCUCACACCAACAGUGCCUAUGAAAGGGACCUCUAAGGAGACAGGUGGAUGUUUGCAGGGGUCUUCAGGCUGGACAGACUAUGUCUGAGGAAAGACCAGAUCGUGGCUCAUUAAACAAAGGAAUUGGGUGCACCGAGAGCCAAAAUAAACUCGGAGACUCUUCACCGAGACAGCCAUGCUUUUAGACCAACUCAGUAAAGUACUCAUGGAACUCAUUGUCUGAGAGGGGAUAAGAAAUAAGCAGAUAAAUCGGUUCAAGAAAUUAAAAAAAAAAAGCAAGGGUGUCGGAGAAGGAAGCUGAGCAAUCUAGGGCAUGGAGAUUAUUAAGGGUUCUUGGGAUUUGAGUUGAAGGUCAUGGGGUACAGCAGGCUCUCCCUUCUACCACCAGAAAGUCCCUGAUUGGGUCUGAGGCACUGUGGUGUGCCUAGGUUGGGUUUUAAGUUAGCAUAUUUUCUAUCCAACACUUAAUUGCUUGAAAGCCUUCAUGUAAUUAGAUAGUGCUUUGUAAUUUUUUUGUUGUUGCUUGGUCUUAUUGUAUAUGCAUUGAGUAUUGACCUGCAUGUUUUGUUAAAUAUUAAAAAUAUUGUUAUAUCACA